AUGAUGCCGACCCUCAAGCAACUCACGUGCAAUGUGGAGUGGGCAGGCUCGAGACUCCCAUUGCAAGAAUACCACACCAUCUACGCCGAUGGCUACGUCGAGACAUUCAUCGCCGUUCCCUCAACACCGACCCCUUUCUCCAUACACUUGCGGUCACACGGUUACAUCGCGCCUGGAUUGGCUGUCUUUGUUUACAUGGAUGGUGUUUAUCAAUGCAACCGCAAUCGACGCAAUCUAGAGAUCCCGAACGAAAACACCUCGCGAAAGAAAUUUGAAGUUGACUUCAUUGUACGUCAGAAGGAAGAACUUCUAUGGGAUGGUACUUUUGAGGGGAAGCAGUGGGGGUUCGAGAAGGUGAAGAUAGUCCCUGAUUCGUCUGUCGAAGAUGGCGAACGGCCUCCACAUGAUGGCGAAUACGUCGGCACCAUUGAAGUUGUUGUACUUCGUUGCCAUCCCUCCGAUAAGCGGCGCAUCAUUGGGAACAAGGCCUUUCCAGACGAGAGCUCUGACGGUAAUGAACCGUCUACGCCGGGACGUUUCGAUGGUGCAAGCGAUCCUCAACUCGAGUCAAAGUCAAAGUCUGGGUGCAAGGCUCAGACUUUCGGCCCAGAUGGGGGUUGGGAUGACUGGGGCCCACCACCGCCACCCCUUGACGAGCCAAAAAUGGGCAGAAUUGAGAUGACAAGUGAGAACACGGGAACUUGGAAUCCUGUGGGCCAAGGGUCCAAUAGCAGCAACGCUCUGGAGAAGACUAAACGAUGGGAUAAACGCAGCGAGUCUCGGGACCACUUCCAAUCGGACUUCCAGAAGAGCGAAUCUCCUGCUGGAUCUCGACGUGGCCGUUCCGUCCAACCUCGCAGCAUAACGGAUCAGGAGAACGCACCCCCCCUAAACCUCAGAGGUGGAGGACCUGGCAGCUACUCGAUCGCCUCUUCUGAGGCAAUGAGAAAUUGGAAUGGCGGACCACCCGCGCUGAAGGAGUGGACGCAAGGAGACGCGCCUUCAAAAGGACAUGGAGGACUACCAGCCGCAUUCGAUCCCUGGACGGCCAAUUUACCCACGGGAGACUUCACGGAUGACGCUGAGACUAAGCCGCAGACCCAUGUGGAAGCUUGGGGGACAGUAGACGAGACAAAGAACAAGCCAGGAAGCAAGAAAGGCAGCAAGAAGGACUCCAUUGUUUCAAGAAAUCCGAAUAAUGUUCCAGGGGCUUGGGGCGAGUCCAAUGACCAGGACCAGGGCAGAAACGAUGACUGGGGAGGCAACGACGAUCCGAAUCAGGGCAACAAUGGCGAUAACUGGGGUGCCUCUGGAGACACUGGAAACAGCGGCGAUGACUGGGGAGGGGCUGGAAAUCCCAACGCUCAGAAGAAUGACGAGUGGAACGCUGGUGGCGAUCAGUCUCAGGAGAAGAACGACGGCUGGAACAACAAUGGCGGCGCCUCCAGCUGGGAUGCCCCAAAAAAGGAUGGAAAGAGAGAUGACGGUGCCUGGAACCCUCCCAACGAUAAAUCCAAUGGCAAUAACGAUGACUGGGCAGGGAACCAGAAUAUUGAUUUGAAACAAAGAAACGACGAAUGGAGAGCGACUGAAGAUAACGGCACUAAGCAGAACGAUGAUUGGGGAGCUACUACAGGCAACAACGGUCAGCAGGGCAACAGUUGGGGAGGCGACGCUGGCCGGCAGUCCGAUACAUGGGGUGGCGAAGACACGAUGCAAGUUACGACAGGGGCAAAAGAUCCUGAGACAGAAGAUAAGUCCACAAGCAAUCAACCAGCUGCGAGCGGAGAGAAGGCAGGCUCUGCCUUGAGCUUCGGUAACUCUAGGGCCAAAGGUUCGAAGCCAGCCUCCAUCAAACCCAAAACGGCUUCAGUCACAUCGAACAAGAAACCUUUGCCAUUCGAUUGGCUACAGCCAUUGGAGAAAGCAUCCAGUAUUUCUGGUCCUACAGUCGCCGUGAAGAAGGCUUCCGUCCCAGGCGCAUGGGCCUCACCCGUAGCGUCUCGGAAUCAAGGGGAGCCGAAGCCAGUGGUGGCUCAAGUUCCACCAACCUUUUCUAUAUCCACACCACCCAAGCCGAAGCCCUAUUGGUCGAAAUGGAGAAAUCUAAACAUCAUUGCCGAAGCCGAGAUGGAGGAAGAACAUGCAUUGUCUCCCGAAGAACUCAAGGGACCUGUCUACAGCAUCCCUGCCGAGGUCGCGCAACGCAACAUGAUGUCUCAUCAAGUACGUCCUGGGCGUCCAGCAGCGUAUACGCACAAGAGAAAUAAGCCGAGGUACAUGGACACACAUGAGAGCCCGUACGCAGUGUUCUUGUUCAAGUAUAGGGACAAAGAAAUCGUAGAACACAUGCUGAAGACGACUAUCACCGAGCCCGAAGUCGACGAGAAAGCAAGGCUCGCCUCGCUGUCCAAGCAGGACCUUAUUGACGAACUCAUGAAGACCAAGUCAAAGCUCAGCGUGGUUGAAAGUGACUCCUCUGGGCAGGCGACGUUCGUCAAGAAAUUAGAUGAGAAGUUGAGCAAAUUGGAAACCAGCAAAGAAGACGUGCCAGCUAUAGAUGACUGGGUGAACACCACUAGUCCAACCAACGGCCAAGGAAAUGGCAAUGCAGGAGAAUGGGGUAAAAAUGACACGCAGAAGGGAAACGGGAAAGGAGGCUCUGGCAACGGCAAUGAGACGAGCAAUACCAAUGGCGGCGACUGGAGCAGAAAUGAGAAUAGCAAUAACAACACCAACGGCAAUGGAGGAGAGUCGUGGGGCGGGAACGGUGACAGUAAUGCCAAUGGCAAGAGCGACUGGAAUAACAACGGGAAUGCUGAAGUCUCCAAUGGAGCCGAAGAGAGUGGCAAUGGUGGCAAUGACUGGGGUAUUACCCACCAAACCAAUGGCGGGGAGAAGAAAGAUGACAAUGGGUGGGGUGGGAACGAUAAUGGCGGAGGCGGUGAUUGGAACAACAACAACAAUAACAGCGGCGGCCGCACUAAAUCUGCUGACAAUCGGGGCGACGACAACGGUGACACCAAAGCGGCUGAUGAUUGGGGCAAUGACAAUGAGGGCGGCAACGAUAAAGGUGGGGAUCGCUGGGGCAACAAUGGGGGCGAAGGAUAUGAAGGCUGGGGUGGGGGUGAUGAUAAGAAGGACGAAGGCAAGGGCAAUGGGGAUUGUAAUGCAGGCGGUGACAAUUCAUGGGGAGCAGAUGCUGGUGGGGGAGGAGGUGGUGGUUGGUAG